AUGAAGGCCGAUGAAUGGAAAUCCUGGUGUCUGGUAUACUCUCCCGUUCUUCUGCGAGGCCGUCUUCCGGAUAUUUACCUGCGGAACUGGAUCUGCUUCGUCAACGCAUGCCAUCUUCUAUCAAGUCCGAGUAUUUCCACCGAGGAUCUGGAUGAGGCCCAUCGCUCUCUGGAGGCCUUCUGUGUGGAAUGUGAGGUUCUGUACGAUCUGGAUCUCCUUUUGCCAAAUAUGCAUCUCCAUUUGCAUCUAAAGGAGACAAUCGUCAGUUUUGGGCCAGUGUAUGGCUAUUGGUUGUUUAGCUUUGAGAGGUUCAAUGGCGUCCUCAAGAACUAUGCUACCAAUUGGAGGGAUGGCUUUGAGGCCACUUACAUGAGAAGAUACCUGGAAGAUGCAUAUAAGAGUGACCUUGCUCGUGCCAUCAUUCCUUGUAUCUGCCCAUCUCAUGCUGGUCUUCUUGUCGAGCUAAUUGGUUCAUCUGUUUUCUCUGCUUCCUUUGCUUUUUCCGCUUCCUUUGCUUCCUUUGCUUCCUCUGCUUCCUCUGCUUCCUCUGCUUCCUCUGCUUUUGUACUUGAUGAUUUCAUCGCAUCUGCAAACACAAACUUUGAUAUCACCAAAGGCAAUGAGCCUUUACCGCCUUCUACUUUUCCGUUGGAGCUGGAAAGGGAAACCAGUAUGAAGGAAUCCGAGUACCUGAACUUGUUGGCAUACUACCAGGAGACUUAUGAUGACCAGGCCCUCUGCCAUUAUUGCCAGCCUGGACCAGAUCAAAAGAUGGUCAAUAAUCGGAUUCAGAAAAUGAAAUCGAUUCAUCUUCUGGGACAGGUGUACAAAGGUGGUGAUGGUAUGGCCAAGCGCGGGUCAUACAUCCAGGCCCUUUUCCGAACAAGCAAUGACAGAUAUAUCAAUGCGUAUACUGGGCAGAUACAGUACCUCUUCGUAAACACUGCCACAAACUCGUUUGCUGGCCAUUUGAGUCGGCAUGUGUUUGCAUAUGUACGGUGGUAUAAAGAGACAAAAUUGCAGCCAAAAGUUAAUGAGGGUGUUGAAGUUAAUGAGAAGGAUUUUGUUGUAGAAAAUAUUGAGAGUAUUCUACCUGUGCAUAGGAUUCUUGUACCUGUGGCUAUUGGAGAACACAGAGGUGCGCGAGGUGCAAUCAAGAUGUGUAUUAUUCCGUUGUCUAGAAAAAUAUACAUUUAA